UUUACUAGUUUAAAUAAACUUAAAACUAAGUUAAUCUUAAAAAAAAAAAAAAGCAGUUGCCACCUUCCCUGCUUAUUUUCUAGCCUCACUUCAAUCAUUAAAAGCAACAAGACAACACCCGGAAGCUGCAACAUACAACCCACAAGAUACGGAAAAUAUAAUUAGCAUAUAGUUUUGGAAGAGUUCAUUCAUUGAGAUAAUGGGAUUUCUGGAGCUAUUUUCUGUGGCUUCUUUCCCUGUCAUCAAAGUACUACUACUCACUGCAAUUGGUUUACUUCUUGCAUUGGAUAACAUCAAUUUGCUGGGAAAAGAUGCAAGGAAUCAAACCAAUCAUCUUAUACAUUAUGUGUUUAAUCCUGCUCUGGUUGGAGGGAAUUUAGCAGAAACAAUCACUUAUGAGAACGUUGUUUCGUUGUGGUUUAUGCCGGUGAAUAUAUUGGUUACAUUUUUGUUAGGUUCGGCCUUAGGAUGGAUCGUUAUUAAACUCACAAGGCCUCCUGAAAAUAUUGAAGGUCUCAUCGUAGGUGUUUGUUCCGCAGGAAAUUUAGGAAACUUGCCAAUAAUCAUUGUUCCAGCUCUAUGUCAAGAUAAAGGUAGUCCUUUUGGAGAUCCUGAUGUCUGCUAUAAAUAUGGAAUGGCUUAUGCUUCACUUUCAAUGGCGAUUGGAGCUAUUUUUAUAUGGACUUAUGUCUACAACAUAAUGCGGAUUUCGUCGAGUAAAGUUCAGAAAGAAGGUAACAAAAGUAGUGACUCCAUCACAUUGGCGAAUUCAGGGGAUUUAUCGGAAUCACUCAUAGAGGGAUGCUCGGAAAAUACAAAUUCAGCAAAAGACAAUGUGGAUGAUGAAUACAGACUAUUGCUUUCCAAGAAUGAAUCUGAGCAGAAAGUGCAUAUCUUAGAUAAAAUUAAGCAUAAAUGUGGAAUGAUUUUAGGCAACCCGAAUUUCCGAGGCAUAUUUUCACCAGCAACUCUUGGCGCGAUUGUUGGAUUUACUAUUGGUGUAGUUCCUAAAUUACAUAGUUUAAUGAUUGGAAGCAAUGCUCCACUUCAUGUGAUUGAAGACUCUGCUUCCAUGCUAGGUGAUGCUGCAAUUCCAACAAUUACCCUUAUAAUGGGUGCAAACCUUCUUAAAGGAUUGAAGGGAGCAAGUACUCCAUUUUGGACAAUUAUAGGAAUCAUAGCAGUGAGAUAUCUUAUGCUACCAAUUUUAGGUGUUGUUAUUGUUAAAGGUGCAACACAUUUGGGUUUAGUGCAAGUAGAUCCUUUAUAUCAGUUCAUUCUUCUCCUUCAAUAUGCACUUCCUCCAGCUAUGAAUAUAGGUACUAUAGCUCAAUUAUUUGGAGCGGGUGAAAGUGAAUGUUCUGUGAUAAUGUUGUGGACAUAUGCAUUGGCAUCAAUUGCGGUUACUCUUUGGUCAACUUACUUCAUGUGGCUUGUGUCUUGAUUUAUUUAUUAAUACUUUAUUUUUUAUAUUUAUAAAUAAGUUUUAUCUGUAUAUAUGUGUGGUGUGGGUAUACGACAGAUAUCAUUUAUCAAUUUGUUUAUCUAUUGAUGAGAACAAAUAUUCUAGUGUAAAUGAUGACAUAAAUGGUUUGGUUUGUCGUAUAUGUAUAUGUGAAUCAUGGAACUUGCACCAGCCGUGUGUUAUCCUCUACGUGUAUUUGGUGGUUGAUUGUAUUAGGAAGAUCCUAAAGUUCCACAUUGGUUGGAGAUAGAGCAUUGAAAGAGUAUAUAAAGAGGGACACUCCUCACCUUACCAACCAGUUUUGUAAGGAUGAGUUAGGUCAAACUCUAAUAUAGUAUCAGAGCCUAUCGAUCGGACCAUGGGCCGCCCACCAUUAAUAUCCACGCACCAAACCCAAAAAAAGAGUGCUGGGCGUGACGGGGUGUAUUAGGAAGAUCCUAAAGUUCCAUAUUGGUUGGAGAUAGAGCAUUGAAAGAGUAUAUAAAGAGAGACACUACUCUAAUAGAUUGUUCCCUUCAUUCAUUUCAAAUUGGACUAGUACAAAUAAGAUAUUUGUCCCUUCAAUUUUACUAUCUUUAUUUGUUUUAUUUUGCUAUGUAGUUUGAGUAGUUGGUAGUAACGCAAUACCGGUGCUUUUAGCUAUUUUUUGAAAUUAUAAAUAUAUAUAAUUUAAUAUUUAAUUAUGAUAUUAUAAAUUUUAGGACAAACUUUUAUUUAAAUAUUCGGUCUCUAUUAACGCUCUCAAACAUGCCUUUGACUCUAUAAAUAUUUCGAAUCAGUUUUUGACGGGUCAAACGUUAUACAAUUAAAUCUCUUUUUUUUUUUAAUGUGUGAUUUAAAGGUGUUAACACAUUUGAUGUGAUAAGAUUUUUGAUGACAUCAACUUUAUUUACUACCAUCUUGAGGUGGCAAAUGAGUUACAGAAGACGAGAGAGAUGAGUUUGAAGAAAUUUUCUAGAUGGCAGAGACUCGUAUGCUCAGAAGUGACCUCUUAGCUAGAGUUAUAUUUGAGGAGUUUGACUUAGUGGAAAACAAGGAAGGUAAAUUGAACCAUGGUCUUGAGGUACAUAAGGAAAGCUUCAAUUUGAAAAAGACCAUGCUAACUUCGGUUAAUGAAAGUUUUCUUCCAUAGAGAAGAAAUAUAAGGAGGCCCAUUGUUCUGUUGAAAAGUUGGAAGCAUAUUCGAAGUAGAAGGUGUAGGUCCACAAAAAGUUUGGCAGAUGAAUUGGCACGGGCAAGGGAGGAAAUGAAGGUUUUGAAAGAGGUAGACUCAUAAGUCAUGUUUUUAUGGUAUUUUAUUUGUUGUUUUUGUUGAGUUUCAAGAUUAUAAAGAGGAAUGAAAGAUUAAAAUCCAUAUUUAAGAUAUGCAAGAACUAGGCGUGAGAAAUGUCUGAACUUUUCGAAGAAACUAGUGAAGAACAAAGCAAGUUUGGGGCAAAAGAACGACAAUUACAAUCAACUUUUAAUGAUCCCAGAUAUCCAGGGGAGAAAAAACAAGAUUUUUAACCAAAAGCAACGAGAAUUGCGACCAACAUGUAAUGGCCAUUAUAGACGUUAUUCUCCCAGACGUUUUAAAAAAAACUUUAUUUUUGCAUAAGGCAAGAACCAUUACGGCCAGUCCAUAAUGGGCAUUACAGUCGUAAUGGGCCCGAUGACUCUUGGAAUUUAGAUGUUUCUUUUUUUUUUUGGCUUUUUGUCUGUUACAGAGUGA